AUGGUCGCGAAGAGGAUUGCUCUCUUCUGCCUCGCGCUGGGCAUCGCGGGUCAAGUGACUCAAGAUGCUACCGCCCACUUUCUAAAGACGGCCUUCUCACGACGACUUGGUCAUCGUAAUGCACGUCAUGUUCUUCUGCAUCAAUCCAGUUACGUCUCCGCAGGAGGUGCAGAAGUGGCGAGCAGUGAUAAAAGUGCUACGCCGAUGAGUUUCGGUUCACUGCCGCCCGAACCGCCCGGACAUCCUGCGUUGCUGCAGCAUUCCACAGCAGGGCUGAGUCCCGCAGCGCUGGAACUUCUUAACGGGGAUUCUCCCUCAGAGGAAGAGAGCAAGAAAAUCAUGCUUGAACUGGUCUCUAGCAGCCUUACGAAGCAACAGUUACCGGCUAGGGAUCCUGUCAAGAACGCGCUAAUGAAACUGUACCCGCUCGGCGCAACAAUAAAACUCCGUUCGCUGGAGCCAGGACCGCCGCCGCAGACAUUCGUCGCUGGGCGGGUGACGAAUCGAGGCGCGUUCGGUAUAGUGAUGAAGGUCAAGAGUAAGGCAACUGGCCAGGAGCACGCAAUGAAAUUCUUUUACAAACAGGUGGCAAGUACCAUGGAGAUGCUCAUCGCCGGUAAACAGCUAGAGGAAAAUUUCGCCGAGGAGAUGCAAUCAGUGAAUAUAUUUGCGGGCCUAGGAGUGUCUGCAGAUGAGCUCGUGAGCGAGUAUCAUGUCGCAGUGCCAAGCUUGGUAGGACAGAUAGAGACGACACGUCGAGGGAACAUGAUGUCUUCCGGCAGCGUGGCGUUUUCUACUAAAGUGGUUCUCAUGCCGCUUCUUGUUGGCUCCCUUGAGAAACUGCGACAACUGUCUACUCUUCAGCAGAGGGCGCUUCUACGCCAGGUCGUUACCGCUGUUGCAGGCAUCCAUAGGCUGAAAUUGAGCCAUGGUGACGUGAAAGAUAGUAACAUGAUGGUGACGCAUGAUGGCUCAGUGAAGCUUAUUGAUUUUGGGUCAGUCUGUCCAUUCCAAACGACUCAGGAAACCUCGAAUCUUCCCAUAACUCCUAUGUUUGUUUGCCCUGAGCUCGCUCAUGCCAUACUCACCAAUACCCCCUAUACUGCCGACCAGAGGACGGACAGCUGGGCGGCAGGGGUUGCAGUUUUCACUGCUGUUUGUGGCAAUGGGAAGAUGCCCUCUAAUCUUCACCGUGUGCCUGAAAAGCCUGGAAACUUCGAGGCACUUUAUAGGGCCAUUGCUAGAGUGAAGAAUUCCCAGUGGUCGCUGGCGGACUGCCCGGCGGAGGCUGAUUCGGUCACGUUAGAGGUCGUGCGUCUGCUUCUCAACACGGACAGCGACCGCACCUCCGUUGGUGAUCUCGCUGAAACGUACCCCUUUUUCCGGAGUAGUCCUCCGUCACCUACUGAUUCUAGUGCAGUUUCGGGACAGGGGAUGUCGCCCUCCUCGGUGUCCUCUGGUACACUGUCAACAACCAAGUCUUCCCCGCCUCAAGAACCUGCAGAGCCUUCCCCUCCGCCUUCUGGGGCGAAGUCUUCAACGUCUCAGCAGGAUGCGGCUUCUUCUUCUCAAGAACCCCAUACACCUCAAGACGCCGCGGAGGCGUCGACUUCUCACCAGUCGCCAGGGCCUGCCCCACCCCCAAGCAGUGGAGAGCAACCACUGCACAGUACGGUGUCGUCGUCGCCGGUCGUCACCUUCCAUUUUGAUGUGUCGUCUAAAUCCGGUGAGAUAAAGACUGAAGCGGACACGCCCGACGAUGGACCGGCACACCAGUCGCCGGGCCUUUCCAAAACACCAGACGGCGAGCAGCCAGGAUCCCGCAUUCCGGUGCCGAAGUCCACGCAUGCGAGCCCGCGCCGGGCAGGGCUGUCGCCUGCGUCCGGAGACACAAAGGCUGCAGAGGACAAGCCCGACGAUGGACAGGCACACCAGUCGCCGGUUCUUGCCAAAGCAUCAGACAGCGAGCAGCCAGGAUCCCGCAUUCCGGUGCCGAAGUCCGCGCAUGCGAGCCCGCGCCGGACAGGGCUGUCGCCUGCGUCCGGAGACACAAAGGCUGCAGAGGACAGGCCCGACGAUGGACAGGCACACCAGUCGCCGGUUCUUGCCAAAGCAUCAGACAGCGAGCAGCCAGGAUCCGGCAUUCCGGUGCCGAAGUCCACGCAUGCGAGCCCGCGCCGGGCAGGGCUGUCGCCGGCGUCCGAGGCAGCGAAACCAUCACAAAGUCCAGCAAAGGAGGCUUUUCCGGCGGCACUGGCUCGCGCUGUAGUGGCUAAGGGUGCAGCUGCUGUCCCGUUUUCCCGAAUUCCACGACGGAAACCGUUAAUGCAGCUGCAUACCCCCGGCGGCAUUCCACUGGGGAAACCGUUAGUGCAGCUGCAUACCCCCCCCCGCCAUUCCACUGGGGAAACCGAUACGGGCUUUCUCGGCCUUUGA